AUGCCAGGCAACGUCCAACACUGCCGAAACUCCAUCGCGGCAGUGAGUCCACAAGAGGGCACCAAUCCUGGAUCUGAUCCAAAGCUGAACCAUUCGAACUACAGCUACGUGGUUUAUUCUCCAAAGAGUCGCUAUGCCAUCCACCUUCGACAUGUCUUUGAUGGAGCGGACGCAACUUUGGAGACGGUGCAAAACUUUGAGUUCAAGGGGCAGGUUCCGGCCAUCAUGUUUGACAUUGACAACACCUUGGCUUACACAGGCUUCAAUGACACGGACAUUUUGGGCAAAGCUCCUCCCAUGAUCCGUGCAGUGGACUUUGCGAAACGCUGGUGUCGAUUCGACAACAAGUCAACAGCAAAGUGGCUCGUCCCGGCAGUGGAGCAAUGCUCACGUGGUUUGUUCGACUGCUUUUUCUUGACUGCGCGGUACUGCACCCAGCUGAAAGCAGCUGCCACAAAGACUUGGGUUUUGAACAACUUUCCUGUCGACACUGAGUGGGUCCGGGAACAUGUCUUCAUGACAGGUGGCGUCGGUGGUUGUGACUCCCAGGGUUGCUCCAUAGCAUACAAGGCAGUGCUACGAAACUGGCUCCAUUCGAAUCGUCGAGUCUACUGGGUCAUGAGCAUAGGAGAUCAGCUAACAGACUCGGCUGGGGUGCAGUCAGGCAUUCGCGUGAAAGUGCCAAAUUUUUGGUUUGACUCAAGUGUGGUGGCCAAUCCUCAAGGGAACGGGGGCAAGAUCCAGUUGCAGCCAGAUCGGAGCUUUCCUGAAGACUCUGACCAGUGCAAGCUGAAGUGCGUCGUGGGUCCGGACCAUGAGUGUAUCGAUGCUGGAUUGAAUGAGGAUGCCAUCCACAUGUAUACCCAGCUGGAGUAUUGCAUGGCGCAAGACAGCAACAAAGCACCUGAUCAGAUCAAGGGUGCCUUUCAGGCGAACAAUGACUGGGAACGUGCCAGAUGGGAGGCAUUGCCCUGGUUGGCAGCCGAUAGCCCUUUUCUUUUGAUGACCUUUUUAGCAUUGGUAGAGUCUGGUAGAGCAAAGGCAGCAGAGGUGUCGGGUUUCCUGGUACAGGAGCGCUUCUGCUGGCGUUGCUCACGGCCUUGCAUGGCUUGCAUGGAUUUGUGGGUCAGACCUGCCAAAGAUGCUAUGCGCGCAGAGCCAACGGAGACUCUCCGCCGCUACACUGCUGCGAUUGGCGCAAGUGGAAAGAACUGGGUGCACGCACUGGAUGUUCUGGGAGAAAUCAACGCCCAAAGUUUGCAAAGCAAUGUGAUCAUCUACAACGCUUGCAUCAAUUCAUGUGCCAAAAGUGCUGAGUGGCAGAGGUCUCUUAGUUUGUGGGUAGACUUGAAGGAGGAGCAGCUUGAAGGGGAUGUAGUCACGUUUGGUGCGGUGAUGAGUGCUAUGAACAAAGGUAGCCAGUGGGACAAAUCGCUGGAAACGCUGAAUCAAAUGGAGAGAAGUCAGUUAGAAGGAAACCUUAUCACAUGCAGCUCAGCCAUAAGUGCAUGUGAAAAGGGUGGGAAAUGGCACCUGGCGCUUCUACUAUUGGAUGCCAUCGAUGGGGACGGGAUGCAGGGGAACGAAAUCACCUUUGGUGCAGCCAUCAGUGCUUGCGAGAAAGCAGAACAUUGGGAGGCAGCUUUGAGCGUUUUCGAACAGAUAGCUGCAAGGGAUCUCAGGGUCAACUGCAUUUGUUACAAUGCUGUGAUCAGCGCUUGUGGAAAGUCAUCACAAUGGAUGCGCGCACUUGAUUUGUUUGCAGAGAUACAGGUUUCCAACAUCCAAAGCACCGUUAUCACAUACAAUUCGAUGAUCAGUGCUUUUGCAUCUGUAGGGGAAUGGCACAAGGCCCUUUGGAUGUUGGCAGAGGUUGACAUGCAAAAGAUAAGAAGAACUGCAAUCACUUACAAUGCCGCCAUCAAUUCAUGUGAAGCUGACGUUCAGUGGGAGCUUGCUCUGGAUUUAGUCAUGGAGCUUCUAGCAAGCAGAAUCCGGGAGACAGCGUCAACUUAUAGUUCCGCCAUCAAUGCUUGUGCUGCGGGGGGCCGCUGGGAAGAGGCAUUUCUACUGUUGGACUUGAUGCAUCAGCGGCAAGUGUCGAACCACAUCAUUCCAUACAGCGCAGCUGUGCGAUCGUGCGAGCGUUCGGAAAAGUGGGAGGAAGCCUUGGUAGUACUGAAAAGGAGUUCAGAGCAUGGCUUGGAGCACAACGCCAUUCUCCUCAGUUCGGCAAUGAGCGCCUGUGUUGGAGGGAGCUGUUGGCAGUUGGCCCUGCAUUUGUUUGAUCAGAUCGGAGUCUUUGACGUGGUGGCAUGCUGCUGCGCAAUGACCGCAUGUGAACAAGGCAGUCACUGGCAAGGAUCUUUGAUGCUUCUUCAAAUGCUUGAAGACCGAAGCUUCAAUAAGAAUCUGAUCGCCUACAACGCUUGCAUCAGCACAUGCACACGCGGUGACCGUUGGCAUGAAGUGAUAUCUCUUUUUCACGAGCUGUUGCUUCAGAGGACCUGGUGCAAAACAUGGCAGGAUAGCAUUCACUUCGCUGAUUUUUCCCCGAAACGGACAGCGGAGACUGAUCCAAUUUCGCUGGCCCCAGGACACUCAGACCGGCUGCGGAGUGUGCACUUGGAGGCCACUCUGGACGAGACCGGGCGCUUCCGCCGGCAUGCUAUGCGCGCAGAGCCAACGGAGACUCUCCGCCGCUACACUGCCGCGAUUGGCGCAAGUGGAAAGAACUGGGUGCACGCGCUGGAUGUGCUGGGUGAAAUCAAAGCCCAAAGUUUGCAAAGCAAUGUGAUUAUCUACAACGCUUGCAUCAAUUCAUGUGCCAAAAGUGCUGAGUGGCAGAGGUCUCUUAGUUUGUGGGUAGACUUGAAGGAGGAGCAGCUUGAAGGGGAUGUAGUCACGUUUGGUGCGGUGAUGAGUGCUAUGAACAAAGGUAGCCAGUGGGACAAAUCGCUGGAAACGCUGAAUCAAAUGGAGAGAAGUCAGUUAGAAGGAAACCUUAUCACAUGCAGCUCAGCCAUAAGUGCAUGUGAAAAGGGUGGGAAAUGGCAACUGGCGCUUCUACUAUUGGAUGCCAUCGAUGGGGACGGGAUGCAGGGGAACGAAGUCACCUUUGGUGCAGCCAUCAGUGCUUGCGAGAAAGCAGAACAUUGGGAGGCAGCUUUGAGCGUUUUCGACCAGAUAGCUGCAAGGGAUCUCAGGGUCAACUGCAUUUGUUACAAUGCUGUGAUCAGCGCUUGUGGAAAGUCAUCACAAUGGAUGCGCGCACUUGAUUUGUUUGCAGAGAUACAGGUUUCCAACAUCCAAAGCACCGUUAUCACAUACAAUUCGAUGAUCAGUGCUUUUGCAUCUGUAGGGGAAUGGCACAAGGCCCUUUGGAUGUUGGCAGAGGUUGACAUGCAAAAGAUAAGAAGAACUGCAAUCACUUACAAUGCUGCCAUCAAUUCAUGUGAAGCUGACGUUCAGUGGGAGCUUGCUCUGGAUUUAGUCAUGGAGCUUCUAGCAAGCAGAAUCCGGGAGACAGCGUCAACUUAUAGUUCCGCCAUCAAUGCUUGUGCUGCGGGGGGCCGCUGGCAAGAGGCAUUUCUACUGUUGGACUUGAUGCACAAGCAGAAGGUUCACAGGAAGGAGGGAACUGCAGCAUACAACAUGGCCAUUCGAGCUUGUGAUAAGGCCACCUGUUGGCCACAAAGCCUGGCUUUGCUUCCAGUCAAUACGUCAGAGGAGGCUGUUUGCUUGGUGUCCAGUGCCAUGAAUGCGUGCAUCAAUGGGGGACACUGGCGCUUUGCAUUGCAACUCUUCCAAGAUCUUCGCAGCUCUCAGGCUCUGAUCGAUGUGGUUGCCAGUGCUGUGGCCAUCAGUGCCUGCGAGAAAGGGGGCCGCUGGGCUGAGGCCUUGCUCCUUUUCUCCGCUGCGAAGGAGCGGAACGCGGUGAAUGCGGUGCUGUACAAUGCCUCCAUCAGCGCCUGUGGCAGCUGCAGUCGCUGGCGCGUGGCACUGGCAUUGCUGUCCAGGGCCCAACAGGAGCAAGUGGAGCUGACGAUGAUCAGCUUCAAUGCCUGCAUCACGGCCUGUGAGAAGGCAUCACGCUGGCAGGAAUCGCUGCAAAUAUUGAGGCAGAGCAAGAUGAUUGGCUUACAGCCUAGCUUAAUCAGCUACAAUGCAGCUGCUCUGGCCUGUCAGAAGACUGCACAGUGGCAGUAUGGCUUGUCAAUCCUGGAAGACCUUUCAGAGUUGAAGUGGCAACCCUCCUCGAUUACAUACGAUGCGGUUUUGAACUCCUGCGAGGUGCCAACCUCCUUGAGUGUUCGACAGAAGAUCCCAGUGGUGCUUUGCCCUGCGCAGUUCGGUACUGCUGAGGAUUAUGACGAACUGAAGGUGAACUUGGAAGCUCGUGGCUUUGUGCUUUAUCCUGCACCUCUCUCUAGACUGGACUGGUUGAGAAUCGUGCCUAGCACUCUCACCAAGGAGUUUUUCACUGCAGAGUUGCGGCCGAAGAAGACCCUUGGCUUCUUCUACGAAGCCUUAGAUCAGGCCCUUGCGCAGGUGGAUGCGGAGUUUGGGCCUGAGGAACCCGUGGCAUUCCUUGGCCAUUCAAUUGGAGGUUGGGUCGCACGAUCCUACAUUGGUGAGGUCCUUGGUCCAGAUGUGGCGCAACAACGCGUGCGCUCGCUCGUGACGCUGGGCACACCCCACCAACCGCCGCCGGAGGAUUCACCAGUAGCGAUCUUGGACCAGACACGUGGCCUUCUCACAUACAUCAACGAAAAAUUUCCAGCAGGCUAUCCUUUGAACUCCUCAGUCGUGACCUGUGUUGCUGGCUGCGGAACUAAAACGCCACCCUCGAUGGAUGAGAUGAUGGAUGGUCUUGGUGAGAAGGUUUGGAACCAGACGCAAAACCGCAGCACUCUCUUGGAAGAGGUGGUGGCCCUGGCAUCCUACCUGCCACUCUCUGGGAGCACCUUUGGAGUUGAGGGUGAUGGCCUAAUACCCGUGGACACCGCCCUGAUGGAAGGUGAGCUAUGCUGGUCCUGCUGUUCUUGGUGA